CAAAACCGUUUCUCUGCACUUUCUCAAGCUUAGUACCAGCCUUUUCAUAUUUUCCUCCAAACCUUGUGUACCACGUUUCCGACAUUAUCAGCCAAGGUUUGACGUUUUGAAAAAGUUUAUUAUCCCCACUUUUUCUGAUUCCGUUUCUAGUCGUGUGAUCUAUCUACAAGGGCUUGCAUCAUUCUCCACACCAUUUUAUUCUGUUCUUUGGUCCCUUUUUGAUACUAUUCCAACGUUAAAUAUGUCCCAAGUUAACGAUAGAGGCAGAGUCUCUGUUUCCCCAUCAGAUCCGAUCACUGUGCGCUUCCAACAAGCUCGCCAGGCCCGUAUGCAACUCGAUUUGUACAAGAUCUUUGACCUGGAACACGACAUGGAAUUCUGCCCGCUUCCACUUGAAAAGCACUAUCCCCAAGCGUACUACCCUAGCGCAGGCCAACCACGCUAUCAUUCUCCAGCCAGCACUGCGGACCGUAAGUUGUUUAGUGCGAUCAACGGGGCCGUGGCAUCUCCAAAACCCUCCCACCAACAUCCUCAUGCGGAGCCUUCGCAGCAACAGGGUUUCCAGCAUGCUCCUUUUGGUACUCCGGGAACUAACAAUCGGGUGGCUCAACUUCAGCAGCUCUCGGGCGGUAACGUCAGCGGUACUGCUCCUAUUAGAUCAGUCAGCUCGCCGUUUGCCAGCAGCAGCUCGGCUCCACCCGGUAUGAACCAGUUGUUUAAGUCUCAGUCGCAGCCUCCAGCGGAGCAGCCCCAAUACUAUUCUCCGCAAGUUGGUAACACUGGGUUACAUCCUAACGAUGCCUCUCAACCUCAGCAGCACAGUUCCUUGUUGAGCUCUCAACUACAAUACCAGCAACAGCAACAGCAGCGUAUUAGAAGCGAACUUCAAACUCGUCUUGUCAUGUCCACACCGCUCACUCGUUUCACCAAUAAUGUCCGUUAAACCCCCCUUGUACAUCAGAAUAAACACACAGCCAUAGUAUCUUUCCUGCAUUUUCCUUCCUUCUCCUUCACCGUUUCUUUAAUCCUCUAAUCUUUCUUCGCAUACACUUUUUUUUAUGUUUCUCACAGAAAAACUAAUUGGUUGGAUCUGGAUGUAUACAUUUCAUCUUUUCUCUCUAAUUACUGACCGCUCUACGCGGUGGUUACCGUCAACACG